GAAGUGCUGAAUGAAAUGCAGAGAGACAGCGCGACAUUCAUUUCAGCGUGAGCGGUUAACGUGUGCUUUGUGCGUCAUUACGGAUGAAAGGAAGCUAUAAUGGGUGACAGGACUCUACCUGAAUGGAUGAACAAACUUCAGGAAGAACAUACACCAGGACCCUAUAAAAAGAGCAUUCUGGAGGAUGAUCUUCCUUAUCUGGAGUUUGGAGGAACAGUCAUAUACAGCCAGGAAAGACAUGACUGCUCAUUUUUAUCAGAAGAUUUAAGAUCUGGUUUGGCGUCAGGCUCAGCGGUGGGAUUUGAUCUGGAGUGGCCGCCCAGCUUCACCAAAGGGAAGACAAAGAAAGUGGCUGUAGUGCAGCUGUGUGCAUCAGAGGAGAAAUGCUAUCUGUUUCACAUCUCCUCCAUGUCAGGGUUUCCUCCUGGCCUGAAGGGGUUUUUGGAGGAUGAAAAUAUUAAGAAAGUUGGAGUGGGAAUUGAGGGUGACAAGUGGAAGUUAUUAUCUGAUUAUGACAUCAAAUUGAAGAAUAUUGUUGAGCUCUCUGAUCUGGCAAACAAGACGCUGAGAUGUGGUGAGAAGUGGAGUUUGGACGGUCUAGUGAAGCACUUGUUGAAGAAGCAGCUCUUCAAAGACAAACUUGUGCGCUGUAGUCACUGGGACGACUUUGGUCUGACAGAAGACCAGAAGAGAUAUGCUGCCACUGAUGCUUACGCUGGAUUGCUCAUUUAUCAGAAUCUACAGGAAAUGAUGUCUGGCUGCUCAGAAACCUCAGCGCUCGCUUUGAAACAGAGAGUUUUUCAGAUUGCUCGUGAUCUUAACAAUCUCGCUGAUAACCUUCCAGAUGAGCUUGACUGCGUGACCAGUGCUGCGAGACUAGUGGAUGAUCUGUCUCAGACCGUUGCAUCUCUAAGAUGCGUUUUGUUGAAUGCCAGCAAACCGUUUGAUCCGUCAGAUGAAGAAGCUAAGACUAAGCCAGAGAACCGAGACCAGAGCCAUAGUCAGUCUGAGGAAGAUGCUGGCAGACACACGCAGAGAGAGUGUGUGAUGUCUCUGGAUAUCUCUGAGUAUGAGCUGCAGAUGCUGGAGCAGCAGGCCAGACAUGAGCAGCUGGAGGAAGAGUGCAUCUUGGCUUUCCAGACUCAGCAGGCAUCAGCCCACAAGGACUCUAAUGACAUGGAGAGUGAUGAAGAUUUUGAUGAUGAAAUGAUGAAGUGUGCUGCUGACAUAGAAAGAUUAAAUGAUAAACAUGGUCAUGAGAAACAGGAGCUUGUCCCACAGUCUGGUGCUGAAGAUGAUGAUGAGGAUGUUGAGGAAGAUGAGGAAGAGGGGUUUGAUUCAAGCAUCCCACAACCUGUUCCUGAACAAAUUAAACAUCUAAAAAUGUUCUUUGGACAUCACAGCUUUAAACCGGUUCAGUGGAAAGUGAUUCACUCUGUUCUCACGGAGAGGAGAGAUAAUCUUGUUGUCAUGGCAACUGGUUAUGGGAAGAGUUUGUGUUUCCAGUUUCCUCCAGUGUACUGCCAGAACGUCAGUGUGGUCAUCUCUCCUCUCAUCGCUCUCAUGGAGGACCAGGUGCUUCACCUACAAAUGUCAAACAUUCCUGCUUGUUUUCUUGGAUCUGCUCAGACUAAGAACCUGUAUGAGGAAGUGAAGAGGGGUCAUUUUAGGGUGGUGUACAUGACACCUGAAUUCUGCUCUGGGAAUAUUCCUCUGCUAGCGCAGCUCGACAGGACUGUUGGUUUAUCUCUGGUUGCGGUAGACGAGGCUCAUUGCAUCUCUCAGUGGGGUCAUGAUUUCAGAAGUGCGUAUCGUGACCUGUGGAAACUCAAGAAAAAUCUCCCUGGUGUUCCUAUUUUGGCGCUCACGGCUACUGCGAGUCCGUCUAUCCGCGAGGACAUCGUUAAGAGCCUUCAUCUGAUCAAUCCUCUGAUCACCUGCACCUCGUUCGACCGACCAAACCUCUACCUGGAUGUCAACCGCAAGUCUGGUGACGUUAUCCAAGACCUCAAACAAUUUCUCAUAAAAAAAAAAGGGGGUGGUUUUGAGUUUGAAGGCUCAGCCAUUGUGUACUGUCCAUCAAAGAAAGAGGCGGAGCGUGUGACAGCGGUGCUGUGUAAGCUGGACAUCCCGUGUGGAGUUUAUCACGCGGGUCUGAGCAUCAAACGGAGGAGAGAAACCCAGCAUCAGUUCAUGAGGGAUGAGAUUCAGUGUGUGGUGGCCACUGUGGCGUUUGGGAUGGGCAUUAAUAAAUCUGAUAUAAGGAAGGUCAUCCAUUACGGAGCUCCCAAAGAGAUGGAGUCUUAUUAUCAGGAGAUCGGGAGGGCCGGUAGAGACGGGAUGCCCAGCGCCUGUCACGUCUUAUGGGUGCCCGGAGAUAUGGCCCUGAAUAGAUUCAUUCUCAACCAAUCGAAAAGUGAGCGCUUUAGAGAUUACAAAAUGGACAUGAUGGCAAAAAUGGAAAAGUAUUUGAAUUCAACCAAAUGCAGGCGAAAGUUGAUCUUGUGUCAUUUUGAAGACAAGCGUCUGAGGAAAGUGACGUCUGGAAUUAUGGGUAGCAGUGAUUGUUGUGAUAACUGCAGGUCAGGUGUAAACAGAGAGGAUCCAGAGGUGGUCCUGCAGGACUUUGGCUCGUGUGCGUAUCAGCUGAUGAAGGCCAUCAGGGCUAUGGAUGAGAGGUUCGGCAUCACAGCGCCCAUCCUCUUCCUGCGGGGCUCAACCUCUCAGCGGGUUCCAGAUCGCUUUCGGACGCACUCUCUCUUUGGUAUCGGCAGGGAAACCUCAGAAACUUGGUGGAAAGCUCUCAGCCGAGAACUUGUUGCUGAAAAAUAUCUGAUGGAGACCACGGGCCACAACAAAUUUGCCACCCUCUGUAAACUCACACCCAAGGGCAGAUCAUGGCUGAGUACAGCUGAAGAUGAGCGGCACAGACGACUCCUGCUGCAGCCCAACAGAGAUCUGUUCAGCAGAGUGUGUGUACCGCGGAAAAAAGCAGAUCCAGCACAUGUUGAGUCUACUGCUUCUAACCUGAAGUCAGAUUGCACUCGGCCCUCUCUCGUUUCAUUUCAGAGGGCAAAGGUCAGUUCUGGAGUUGACACCCAUCAGAUUGUGAAGAAAGCAGAUUUACCAUCCAGAUCAGCUGUUAGGCCAACCCAGAUUCACACUAAUGUCCGAGCCCAGACUCCAGCGGUCUCAGCUAGAGAGAUCCAGCUACAGUCUGAGCUGUAUGGUAAGCUGGUUUCUGAGCGUCAGAAGUUAGCUGGUCUCAGAGACAUCCCACCAGCUCUACUGGCCACCAAUAAAAUACUCCUGGAUAUGGCAAAAUCAAGGCCGUGCUCAAUAUCCAGCUUGAAACAAGUGGAUGGUGUUUCAGAAGCCAAAGCUGCCAUGUUAACACCUCUGAUUGAAGUCAUCCUCACAUUCUGUCAGACACACGGAUUACAGGUGGAUGAUUCCUCCAGCUCUACUCCACCUGUCCAAACACACUCUAGCCGUGAGUACAGUUCUGUGGGUCAGUCUCUACCGGACAGUGUCUCUGUCACACACAGACUGUUUCAGAUGGAGUACAAGAGCAUGAGACAGGUAGCAGAUGCUCGCAGUCUGCCCAUGGCAGCGGUGGAGUCUCAUCUGUUGCAGGCUCAGAAGAUGGGUUGUGCUGUGGACACAGACAGAGCUGGACUCUCAGCCUCCAUCUAUAACACCAUCAGAAAAAGCAUCGCCUCUCCUCCAGUCAGCUCAGAUCCGAGUGAUUUUAAAGCGAUCCGGUCUCGUGUGCCUGAAGAUGUCAGUACCUUCCUGCUAAGGCUGGCGCUUUAUGAACUCCAGAGAGAAGCUUCAUCCACAGCACAUCAUGAGAUCUCCUGGAUCGAGCCGCUGGAUAAAUCAGCGACUGCAGACAGACCUGCUGUUAAACGUGUGAUUGGAGAGUCACAGCGUGAGGCAGACACCAUGGACACGAGUGAAGAUGAGCUCUUCAUCAGUAUUCCCAUGCCACAGGAUUCCUGUCUGAAGUCAUGUGACCCCGUUCCUCAGAGCAGUGGAAUGGAUCUGACCUCCUGGAACCAGGAUAAACUGGAUAAAGACACGCAAGAUCUCUUCAGCGAUUCACCUGUGAAGAUUGAAAGUCAGCCUACAAAGAGAAAACUGCCUGACUGGGCUGAAGGACCAAGCACUUCAGCACCUGCUACGACUGAGAAGAAAACCAAAAAGAAGAAAGGACUUUUCAUUUGAUACUUAUUAGGCUGUGAGGUGUACGUUUUUAUAUUUUGUACAAGAUUUAAAAGAAUUAAUUUUUGUUGAUGGUCCUGAAUACAGAUAUGACCUAAUUCUACGAGAAUGUCUUGUUAUUUUUCUGUAUUUGUUCUCCAAGCUUGAACUCCUCUAGGUAUUUUUCAGAUUUCUUACGGCUCACACACUAGUUAGGGAAUCUUUCUUGAUCUGAGCACAUCAUGUUUCUGCUUCCGCGAGCUGUACGCUACUGACCUCCACCUGUCGUAAUGGAAACCUCCCAGAAUCCCGUGCAACUCCCAGACCUCAAAAGUAGGGUCAUUUCUGAAGCAUGGUGGGACUUUCUUGAAUCAGUUCAUUCCUGAGUGUAAAAAUAUGAAAUAAUUGACCCGAGAUGAUAUGAUUUUGAUAGUUCAGAAUGUUUAUUGCCAAGGAACAAAUUCUUUAAUUUGUAAAAAAAACAAACAAAAAAAACCAUCUGUAGUUAAUACAGUAUUGAUGCAAUUUCAAAGUAUUGAUGCAAAAGUUGAAUGCGAUUUUUAUUUGACUUGUGCUAUAUGUUUAUAUCACUUAUGCUUGCUGUAACUGAAGCAGCACAUUCACAGAGCAGUAUUUGUGUGCCGGUCCUGUAAAAGUUCAUUUACAAGGCAGGAGUAAACACAGGCUUUUAUAGUCCAUUCCACUUCUGUUUUCUGCCACAAUGCUAAGUGAGUUUGGCUUUGGCAGGACGUUCUGUCUUCUCUUUAGUUGCUUUAGUUGUGCACAAUGAAGCACAACUGACUAAUUGUGAGUCUGUAGGCCUUUCUAACCAGUGUAAAUCAUUGUUUUGUAUACAAAUGUAACAAUAAUAAUCAAAUAAUUAAAGGUUUGUAA